AUGGGAAACCUUCCAAGAGAACGUAUAACUGUUGCUUUUCCUUUUGCUAAUGUGGGAGUGGAUUACGGUGGUCCCUUUUUAUUAAAGGAUAGAUCGACACGCGGUGCUAAAAUAGUAAAAGCAUACUUAUGUCUAUUCAUCUGUAUGAGCACAAAGGCAGUACAUUUAGAAGCUGUAUCAGAACUUACAACAAAAGCAUUUCUAGCAACGUUUGAUCGUUUCAUUAAUCGACGUGGAAAACCUGAUAAUAUUUUUUCCGACAAUGGAAAAAAUUUUAUACGGGCAAAUACUGAACUUAGAAAACUCUAUGAAUUCUUGGUUAAUAAUGAAAAGGAAAUUUCAAAUUAUGCUACACGCGAACGAAUAAAAUGGAAUUUUAUUCCGCCUAGAUCACCUAACUUCGGGGGCAUUUGGGAAGCGAGUAUUAAGCGCGCAAAAUUUCAUUUAAAACAUUGUAUCGGACCAUUUUCCGUAACUUUCGAAGAAUUUUCGACUAUUUUAGCACGCAUUGAAGGCAUCCUAAAUUCUCGUCCUCUUACCCCUCUCUCCUGUGAUCCCAAUGAUCUGCAAGCCUUGUCACCUGGUCAUUUUUUAAUUGGACGACCUAUCACCGCUAUUCCAUAUCCUGAUGUGACGCAGUGCCAAGUAAAUCGUCUCGACAAGUUUCGUCGACUUCAAGCUAUCAGUCAAGAAUUUUGGCGGCGUUGGCAAAGGGAAUAUUUGCCAGAGUUGCAAGUACGAACGAAAUGGAAACGGCAUGGCAGCAGUAUCAUUAACGUUGGAAAACUGGUUCUAAUAAAGGACAUCAAUUCACCUCCGAUGUCAUGGAAGUUGGGUCGGGUCACGAAGCUACAUCCAGGCAGCGAUGGAGUGGUGCGCGUUGUAGACAUAAAGACCGCAAAUGGGCAGCUUCGACGAGCUUUAUCGCAAGUUUGUGUGUUACCAUUAGACUAA